UAAAUGGAUGGAUGAAUGUGUCAUCGUUUAGAGUACAUAUUUAUUUCAUGAUUUUGUAAUUAUUAUCGAUAUAAAUAAAGAGUGGUCUUAGUUCUGUAAAGUAUUCUAGACAAUAUUAUUAGAUCACUACAAUAUUAUAACAAGCAAGACUCAAAAUAAACACACAAAAUGAAGUAUUCCACUUCACCAACUCCCAGCUUGAGUAACUACCCCAGGAGUACUUCUCCACUGCCUGCUCCCGCCAACUACCAAGCUACGACAGCCAGCGCUGCGGUCAAGCGGUACAAAUACCUUCGAAGGCUCUUCAAGUUCAAUCAAAUGGACUUCGAAUUCGCAGCUUGGCAAAUGGUGUAUUUGUUUGUAGCUCCACAGAAAGUGUUUAGAAAUUUUAAUUAUAGGAAACACACAAAAUCGCAGUUUGCCAGAGAUGAUCCGGCAUUUGUAGUUCUACUCAGCGUGUGGUUAUUUUUGUCUUCAAUAUGCUUUGCGCUGGCCAUGAGCCUGAGCUGGGGACAGGUGGCACUGUUCGUGUUAUUUGUAGUCUUCGUGGACUUCAUCGGGGCCGGCAUCCUGGUGUCAACGUUUUUCUGGUACAUAAGCAACAAGUACCUGCGCCGGGACCUCGACGGCCCCGACGUGGAGUGGGGGUACGCCUUCGACGUGCACAUAAACGCGUUCUUCCCCCCACUGUCUCUGCUACAUUGCUUCCAGAUAAUACUGUUCAAUAAUCUGCUGAUCCACGGGGGGUACCUGUCUUGUUUCGUAUCCAACACGUUCUGGCUCGCCUCCAUUAUAUACUACUUGUAUAUCACCUUCCUUGGUUAUAGCAAUCUACCGAUGCUACAGAACGCUAGAGUGUUCCUGCUGCCACUCCCAAUUCUCGUUCUGGUCUACAUAGGAACGCUGUUAGCCGGUUGGAACCUUAGUUUGAUGCUCAUGAAUUUCUACCAUUAUCGGGUGCUGUAGACUGAAUAUGUUAUAAGUGGGGAAAAAUAUGUGCUAACAGUGGACUAGAUGCCAAAGUACUAAAGCACUUAUAAUCAAUAGGUAUGGAAUCUAAAACUUUAAUGGUGAAAUGUAAAACCUAACAUACAAAUAAUGAAAUGUACUUAUGGCCAAUAAUUCAUGGUACAGUACGCCUUCAAUAGUCCAAUUACAACUAAAGGAACAUUUAUAUAUAAAAUGUAUGUGUGGACUUUUCUAUGUCCCUGUACAGUCAACGGCACAUAAACAUGACCGCUCUGUUCGUACGAAAGCAGUGGAGUUUUUAACAUAAGAAUGUCCAUAAUUUAUUGUACUCAUAUCAAGUACAUACAUAUGUCCUUAACAAACUGUUAUAAUUUAGGUAAAAAUCCAGGUUAUCUGGUAUUUAAUAUAGAAAAUUAUUGGAAUGAAUGUUUUGUGUUUGAACAAUAAAAAAAAACAUGUUAAUAUAGAAAAGAAUAUUUAAUUCGAUUACGAGAUAAUCACUAUAAUCUAAGUCUAUUGUAAAUAUUAUUUUUUAUAAUUAAAAUUAUUAAUUAAACGA